ACUCAACCUCUCACUCACAUCAAAUUUUUAUACCCUCCUCUCCUCUUCUCACUCAUUUUAUUCUUCUUCUUCUUCUCCCUAGAUUUCCUUGUUUCAUUACAGCACACUGUCAAAAUGGCACUCAAUCGAGUUGCUCCCGAGAUUCUCCUCGAAAUUUCUAACUAUGUCGAUCAUGAAGAUCUGCGAAAACUUUGCGCAGUAUCUCAUCGACUGAUGUCAACUUUUCAACGUCAAAUCUACUCAACCAUUGAAUUAAACGAAACUUCACGAUCUGGAAGUGCAUUGUUGGCUCUGGCAUCUGGGCCUCGAAGGGACAUUGUUCGCGAAAUCCGAUACAAACCCCAUCAUCCUUGGCCAGCUCGAGACAGGAGGCACAAGCCUGAGAUCAAGCUCAGUGAUGAGACUCGAGCAGCACUACAAUCUCUCACUUCGUUUCCGUCCUUGGACAAGUUUCAAUUCGACCUAAGUCACUGGGAGCUAUCGCAAUGGGCUCUAUCACCCCAGUGUUUGAACCGUUGGGAAUUUCAUCGAUGGCACGGAAAACACGAUACAGAGCCUUGGAGGGUUCUUAUCGAAGGGAGUCUACUAGCCUUGAGCAAAAGCGCCGGCUCCUUUUCUCGACUUGAGAUCGAUAGUCUUCCGCCAACUGGGCGAGAAACAUAUCGUGCAUGUGAGUCAGAAACGUGGAAAGGUCUUCUUAAACACCUGACAUCGUUUGAGAUGACACUUGCCGGUGUGGGAUACAUGGGAGAUGGCGGGAGUUACAAAUAUGGGAAGAUGACUACAGCGCAUCAGGGGUUCAUAACUCUCUUUCCGGAGAUGUUUCUGGAGAAUCUGCACAAUGUUCUGGUCUUGCGACUCACUGGGAAGAUGAAUGCAGUCAUUGGCAAUGAGCAACUCGUGGAACCGAUAGACUGGGCAUCUCUGUCUAUCAAUCUACCAUAUUUAACAACAUUCGAAUUGGAUUACUCUCAGAUCUCACAUCAGCUCGUUGGUUUUCUUUCCAACCAUACAGGGACGCUUGAGAAGAUCAGCCUCCGGAACUGCAUAGCCCCAGCCAAGCAAGUCUGGAUCAACAUCAUCAACCUCUUCCUCGACAGACAGCCCAAACAACUAGUUGAAUUUACGACCACGACGCGCCCAGUGCAUAAACGAAUUGGAGACCCCUUUGCUGAUCAUUCAGACGGAUCGGAUGUCAAAAUGAGGAGGUUCGUGGUUGGGCUGGCGAAUCACGAUAUCAUACCUAUAGAGGAGUGGGCCGCAGUGGGUGAUCACGAUCCAGAACUUGACGAGUCUGAUGUUUUUAAGUUGUGGGAUCAACUUGAGGAGAUGUUAGAUCGGAAUAGGUGUCAUACCCGAGCUGUUUUACAGGAGGCUAGCCGUUAGUGUGGAGAUGAGCAAACAAUCAUGAAGCCAUCACGAGCGGGACGCAUUGGCCCCAUGGUCCCAUUAUCUUGUUACGGUAGUAAUUAUGUCCAAACUGCAUGCAUGAGUUACUUUAGCCUUAAGUAUUCUAUAAGCUUCUAGUGUAUACUUCUAAUUAUAGUCAUAUCAUAUCAUUAUAAACACGAACC